AUGGAAUUCGUCACAGCCCUUCGGGGCACCUUCGAUGACCAGAAACCAUCAUUGUUUGAAUUACUCUCAGAACAACAGCUCAACUCACUUCUACCACCGACAUUACGAUACCUUCUUACUGUCGCGACUCAUCGAUACCCUCGUUACUUACUACGUGUUCUCAACUCAUUCGAUGAGCUUUACGCGCUUGCCAUGCUCGUUAUCGAGCGCCACUAUUUACGAACACGCGGCGGUGGCUUUACUGAACACUUUUAUGGCCUCAAACGAGAAAAGUCGCUACAGGCAGAAGUCCCUCGUGCUACCGCCCGCGCUCCGGAGCUAGUACGGGAAACUCUUAAGCUGAGUGAGAAGGAUAUCUGGAAGAAUCUGGCUGUUAUGGUUGCUCUACCGUACCUAAAGCGGAAGCUGGACGAGAGCCACGAGAUCGAAGCCCCAAGAGCCCUCCUAGGUGCAAACUAUACCCGCAUGCCUACGAAUCCGACAUUCAAGCAGCGGCUAUUACAUUAUUACAAGUGGUUCAUACGUAAUAUCUAUCCGAGCGUACAUGCUGCCUACUACUUCAGCAUUAUUGCCUUCAAUCUAGCAUAUCUAUUUGACGGCAGUAAAUACCACAAUCCAUUCUUAUGGCUUAUCGGUACUAGGAUGCGUAGGAUGAAUGGAGCAGAUUUCCAGGCCAUUGAGGCUUUGGGCAAGCCAAAGGCGGGAAACCUACCCCUUACGGCUGCCAGUCUCCUUAAUCCGAGAGUAAUAGGACCGAGGUUGCUAAGUAGCUUGUCAGUCCUACUACCGACUAGCAUAUUUGCGCUGAAGUUCCUCGAAUGGUGGUAUGCAUCGGACUUUGCGAAGCAGUUGUCAAGGAAGGCUGCCGAGAACCUCGAGCUACCGCCACCUGUCGUAUCUGGGUUAUCCGCAUUAGGAGUCAAGGUAUCGCAAAAGAAGGGUCACGACGAGAAGAGUAAGAAGGAAGAAGAGGAACGACCUAAGAUAUCGUCAGCAGAAGAUGCGCCAAUUGCUACUCCAUCAUUGCUCCCUAUAUUCACUGUACCUGCGCCAGAAGAUUCUGAGCUAUGCCCCAUCUGCGAAGACGAAAUCACAACGGCGACGGCUUGCCAGACGGGUGUGGUCUACUGCUAUGCCUGCAUACAUAGGUGGCUCGAAGGUUCACAUCAGAGACAGGAGGAGUUUAUGGCCGAUCAAGCCGGCAAGUGGGAAAGCGGCCAGGGUAGAUGUGCCGUAACAGGACGUCGGGUCCUCGGCGGCACGGAGGGUCUUAGACGUAUCAUGGUUUGA